AUGUCUUGGUUAGCUCGUCUUCCGCCUAGUGUUACCGUGGACCGCGUCGGUGUUGCGGCAGCCAUUGCGGGAUGCGUUGGACUUGUCGCCGAGGCUCAAAGGCAAGGGAAAGCCCCAAUGAAUGGGUCAUUACCAGCAAAAGAUGGAACUGCGGCAGGAAGAGUCUUCACAUCCAAGCAAUGCCGCCAAUUGGAACAAGAUGGAUACAUAGUGUUGGACAAUUUCCUGUCGAAGCAACAAGUACAGGAAGCUCGCAAUGCCAUUCAAACCUUGGACGACAACUAUCAGUUUCGUAGUAGUCCGUAUGAAACAUUCGAUGGCAAGGCGGCAAGCAGCAGGACUCGAGAUCGUGUCAUUAUCAAUCGAAGCGGGAAUCUCGACAUGGUCCGAAUGCAAAUUUCGGCUUUUGCAAGGAGCUUGGUCGACUCGGAUUUCAAAGGCUUUCCUCGAGACGACUAUGAUUCUACCUCUCUUCAUGUCCCAUCGCAAAUGCAAGUGAGCAUCUGUGGCGGAUUGGAGACUCCAAAUCCAGACGAGGAAGAAUCGACACAUAACUUUUAUCACAAACACGUGGACUCAGCGGGAGCACAUAACUUCUUUGAACUAGGUGUGAUUGGGUGGAUUCGGUCUCAACAUUUGCGACAAAGGUACUUGACUUGCCUUGUCUAUCUAAAUACGGAUUGGAAAGAGGGAGACGGGGGUUGCCUCCGCGUCUUUCCAAAUGGCGAAAGCGAGGACUCUUAUGUGGACAUUGCUCCUCUUGGGGGGCGAAUGGUGGUUUUAUCUUCGCCCUCGUUGUUUCAUGGUGUCCUGCCUACGAAUGCGCAAAGGUACGCUUGUGCCGCGUGGCUGGCACUUGCAUAA